ACAACAGCUGCUUUACCAGAAACCAGAGAGCGUUAAAGAAGUUGGCGAUGUGACAUGCACGUCAACUAACGCGUAAGAGGUUGAAAAGUGGUGUGUGUUUGUGUGUGUACGUGUGUGUGUGUAUGCUGUCCGCUGCGUGCCCACGGUGUUGCUGUAAGGUGCGCUGCAGUUGCUUAAAAGUGUGCCAAAUGGAAGAGGAGGUCUCUGACAAAUGAUCUGAAGCUGAAUUGUGGGAAGUGCAGCUCUUUGCCAUGGUGAAUCAGGAGCACUUUUGGAAGCAUUUCAGCAUUUUGUAAGGACUGUAGGUGUAGUACGUCAUCUGAAGUGAUCUACUGAGAUCAGCAGGGACACUUGCAUCCCAUUGGAACUGCUCACUAUUUUGGCAGCAGCACCAUGGCAAUGUGGAUCCAGGCCCAGCAGCUGCAGGGUGAGGCGUUACACCAGAUGCAGGCACUGUACGGCCAGCACUUCCCUAUCGAGGUGCGACACUACCUGGCCCAGUGGAUUGAGACCCAGCUCUGGGAUUCAGUGGAGUUGGACAACCCAGCAGAGGAAGCCAAAGCCAAGCGUCUGCUGGACAACCUGGUGGCCGAGCUGCAGAGGAAAGCCCAGCUUCAGGGAGGAGAGGACGGCUUUCUGCUCAAGAUCAAGCUAGGCCACUACGCCAGCCAGCUCAAGAGCACUUACGACCGCUGUCCUUUGGAGCUGGUGCGCUGCAUUAAACACAUCCUGCACUCAGAGCAGAGGCUGGUUCAAGAAGCUACAAAUGCCAGCUGUGGGACUGGGACCCAAGCUAUGGACUCCCUGUCACAGCGCCACCAGCAGAUCAACCAGGCCUUUGAGGAGCUACGUCUGGCCACACAGGAGACUGAGAACGAACUGAGAAAGCUGCAGCACAGCCAGGAGUACUUCAUCAUCCAAUACCAGGAGAACUUGCGCAUCCAGGCCCAGCUGAGCAGCCUGUCUUCCCUGCCUCCGGCCGAGCGCACCCAGCGGGAGACCACCCUGCAGAGCAAAAGGGCCACUGUGGAGGCCUGGCUCGCCAGAGAGGCCAGCACACUACAGAAAUACAGGCUUGACCUGUCAGAACAACACCAGAAGACCCUGGGCCUGCUGAGGAAGCAGCAGACUCUUAUCCUGGAUGAGGAACUCAUCCAGUGGAAGAGGAGGCAGCAGCUGGCUGGAAAUGGGGGUCCUCAUGAGGGGGGACUGGAUGUCCUCCAGUCCUGGUGUGAGAAGCUGGCUGACCUAAUCUGGCAGAACCGGCAGCAGAUCCGGCGCUGUGAACAUCUAACCCAGCAGCUCCCCCUGCCGGGGCCGAUGGAAGAGCUGCUGAGCAAACUCAACAGUGACAUCACUGAUAUCAUCUCUGCCCUGGUUACCAGCACCUUCAUCAUUGAAAAGCAGCCACCCCAGGUGUUAAAGACCCAGACCAAGUUUGCAGCCACUGUACGCCUUCUGGUGGGCGGGAAACUCAAUGUCCACAUGAACCCACCACAGGUCAAGGCGGUCAUUGUUAGCGAGCAGCAGGCCAAAGCUCUGCUGAAGAAUGAGAGCACACACAGUGAAAGCAGUGGAGAAAUCCUCAACAACAACUGUGUGAUGGAGUAUCACCAGGCCACCGGCACCCUCAGUGCACACUUCAGAAACAUGUCCCUGAAACGGAUCAAGCGUUCUGACCGUCGAGGUGCAGAGUCGGUGACGGAGGAGAAGUUCACAGUUCUGUUUGAAUCACAGUUCAGUGUCGGGGGCAACGAGUUGGUCUUCCAUGUCAAAACCCUAUCGCUGCCUGUGGUAGUGAUCGUCCACGGCAGUCAGGACAACAAUGCCACGGCAACAGUCCUGUGGGACAAUGCCUUUGCUGAACCUGGCAGGGUACCGUUCAUCGUGCCAGACAAGGUGCUGUGGCCCCAGCUGUGCGAGGCACUUGAUAUGAAGUACAAGGCGGAGAUGCACAGUGGGCGUGGCCUGUCGGAGGACAACCUGGUCUUCUUGGCACAGAAGGCUUUUACAAGCAGCAGCAACAACCCUGAGGACUACCACAACAUGACUAUAUCCUGGGCCCAGUUCAACCGGGAGAGUUUACCUGGACGCAACUUCACCUUCUGGCAGUGGUUUGAUGGAGUUGUAGAGCUCAUGAAGAAACAUCUCAAGCCUCACUGGAAUGAUGGUGCCAUCCUGGGCUUUGUAAACAAGCAACAGGCACAGGACAUGCUGCUGUCCAAACCCAAUGGCACCUUCCUGCUGCGAUUCAGUGACUCUGAGAUCGGAGGUAUCACCAUUGCCUGGGUGGCUGAGAAUCCCAACAAACCAGGUGAGAGGUUGGUCUGGAAUCUGUUGCCUUACACAACCAAGGACUUCUCCAUUCGCUCCCUGGCUGAUCGCAUCAGUGACCUGAACCACCUCCUGUUUCUCUACCCUGACCGACCCAAAGACGAGGUUUUUGCCAAGUACUACACUCCCCCACUCUCAAAAGCAGUGGAUGGAUAUGUAAAACCACAGAUCAAACAAGUUGUGCCAGAGUUUACCACCCCCAACCCUGAACCCAGCGGAGGAGCUCCUACAUUCAUGGACCAGACAGCUUCUCCCUCUGUGAGCCACCCCAACAACUUUGGUGUUUACCCAGCCAUGAGCGACACCAUGUUGGAUGCAGAUGGAGACUUUGACCUCGAGGACACGAUGGACGUGGCCCGUCAUGUGGAGGAGCUGCUCCGCAGGCCCAUGGCCAACCAGUGGAGCAGCCAGCAGUCCUGAACCUGAAAUCUGAACCUGAACCUGCUGCACACUUUCAGGUCAUCUCCAUCUUAUCCAACCGCAACACUCAUACCUGUAAUUCUCCCCAGACUGCAAGAAAUUUCCUGUUUUAAUCAGUCCUUCUGGCAGAUCCACAUUACAAUUCACCAUUCAUCUCUAGCUUUAGCUGCACACAGGAGUUUUGGAAGAGAGCAGGUCCAGUAAUGAAUAGCCGUCCAAGUCUCUGUAGAGACAGAAAACCUGUUUUCAAGAGUCAGUGUUCCUUGCAUUUUGACAGAGGCUGGUGUUAAUGUCCUCUCCCACUUCUCAGAAUUUCUCAGAAUGGUCAUGUGGAGUUGGUUUGAGACAAAAUGUUGAACUACAGUUAGUUUCUAUGUAAGUUUUCCAUUCAAAUGUGCCUGUUGAGGUUUUAGGCGCCAACAUGUUCACAUAAAAUUUCACAGCAGACAAACUAGCUUCUCUUAAAAUCCUUUCCAUUUCCUUCUACACAGCUAACAUUGGUUAACAUUGGCAACUUGAAUCUGUUUUCCAUCGUAGAAUAUAUAUAUUAAGUAUUAUAUAGAAAAUUCCUAUUAAAAAGUAAGUAAGUCUUAAACUAAGACUAUGUAACUUUUGCUGAACAUCAGCAAAUGUGAAAACCAGAAGUAUUCACAGGAUGAUGGCAAAUUGAAUUUUCCUUCAUUUCCAAAGUUUCUGUUGAGUCAGUUGCUUUAAAGACGUCGUCAUCAGUUGGAAAAAAAAACAACAAGUAAAGAUCAAGAAACAGAGCUGCAGCUUUGACAUUAGCUUAGCUGUGGCUUAAGCUUUGCUGUCACAAAAUGAAAUGCUUUCCUCAACCCUACCACUGUGCUCUUAGAAGCUGCAGUUUCAGCUUCUCCUGCGCUUUAGUCUAAACCCAGCUGCUGUGUCCUGUACAAACCAUCUAACAACACUAGAGGUCAGUCAAAGGUUCUGUAGGAAGUGGGUUAGUGUCUGAAUAGAAUUGAUGAACUAAUUAAUGAAGACGGUGCCAAUGGAGCCUUUGUUUAGUCCCCUGAGGCUGGAAGUGUCACGAAAAAACAAAAUCAUAGAUGUGUUCUAAUUAAAAAGGAAACGGUUAUUAUUGUACAGUCCAGAUGUUUAACUAUAUGAUGGUCAUUUAUAUUAAUAGUAAAGUGUGAUGGGUUAUUUUGUGAUGAUCAAAUAUACAGUUGUUUCAGUGAUAAUUCUUUCUUCAGCAGUUAGAGAAAUUAAAUGAACGGUAAAAUCAUAAAACUGAAACCAAUUUCUAUAAUUACCAUUUUCUGAGAAUAUUGAAUGUUCAGCAGUAUUAUACUGUGUUUCUCUUAACCAUCAUUAUUUUGACACCGCAGUCAGGUUCUGCUCAGUGAGCAGUUUUGGUUUAGCUGGGCCCGUUCUAAACCUGAGCUACGCUAAUGAGACGCUUAGUGACACCGCCACAGCCUCGGUGUGUUUACUCUGAGUGUUAAUGUUUUCUGUAACAUGAUCAUAGACCACAAGUCAUAAAAUGAGCAAGCUGACUCUGUAAUGUCCGGUACACAGCACUGUUUAUCUUAAGUUUGCCAACAUUAGCCACGAUAAGCUACUGCUUGAACCAGACCAAGUGAGACUGCAGUAGCAAAACCCAGAUUGUACUGAACUGAACUGGGGUGCGUGUACUGUUUCAUUUCUCAUUUCAGAGGUAACAUAGUCUGACUUUAAGUACUGAAAAAUGGGAUUUUGAAUCAGUACCUGCUAUAAUUUGGUGUUUUUUAAAAUAAUAUUUUUAAUUAAUUGCUUCUAUUCCAGCUGUUCUCUGAGGUUCUUGUGCUACACUGCCAUCCAGCAAAAUGUUCAGUCUCAGGUGCUGUGAUUUGGUCAAUAACCAAUUAUUGAUUUGAACACUUUGACAAGUCUUGUUGCCAGAUUGACUUUUAAAUACAAAUGUUGGUACAAUAUGAUCUGUCCAAUGGUAAAAUAAUUAUCACUUAUGUACUACAUGUUUCUGGACGACACUUUGCUAAAAACAGACGUUGUAGUCUGUAGUUGGUAAAUGCUAAGAACCUUGGUGAAUGUUUGUACAACAUUUUAGAGAUUUGUUUUGGUCAUUUAGACUUUAUACAACUGUUCUCACAGGAUGUCAAAUGGUAGAAAACAAAACGCACACACAGAGUGUUAAACCAAGACAACAGAUCAGUAAACGGAGGUUUACUUUUUUUCUGAUGCCAGUUUUCAGUCCGAACUCAAUUCAGCUCAUAUAACAACUAAACACAGCAUUUCAUUACUGAAAAAGUUUAUGUAGAGAAUAAUUAAUUCCCUUCUUUUAUUCUAAAUGUCAGAUUCCAGAGGUUAAAACAUUGUUUAACAAUCCGUGUGCAGAGUUUAUUCAUCUCUUCACUUACUCUAGCAAUGUGUGAGCAUGUCUCCACACCAAGUUUGUUUACUACUAUGUGACACCUGCAUCGUCCUCCCUAGAAGCAGAAGUUUCCCCUUUAACCGUAAGUCAGUGUUAUGUUUCCUUCAGGACUACAAAAACUAUUAAUCAUGAUUUUAACAGAAUAAUCUGAAGUGACCAUUGUGUUGUUCCACGACUCUAACGUACUGUAUCUGAUGCCUGGUGCUUCACGUCCGUCCAAACCUAAAGUGAGCUUGACAUUUUGUCUUUCUGGACCUGAACUCGACUAAAAUCUGAAACGGAUAAAAAAAAAGAAUAUUUUAAAUAUGCAACUCCAGCUCGACCACAAACUUGACAUGCUGCAGUUUUUAAGAGUCAACUCCAACAUCUAGUGUUGCUUUGUGGAAGUGGGACUGUGGCAUUUACAUUGAAUGAAUCUUUUGUGUGUGAAUAUAUGUAGUGAAAAUGGUGUGUGCUGUAUUACAAGCUAAGCUUAGUUAUCUGUCAGUGGACUCCACUGGGAUAUACUCGUACCUCACACUUUGUAUGACUUCUGUUAGUCUUCAGCCAGGAUAAUCAGGACAGCAGCUCUUAAGGGCUGCAACUAACUAUUAUUUUCAUUAUUAAUAUGGCAGUUAUUGUUUUGAUGAAUUGUUUGAUUAGAAAAUAGUGGAAAAAAAUCACAGUUUUUUACCGUCACAAUUUUCCAAAAUGCUAAAAUAUUCAGUUUGCUAUGACUUUUGAGAUGCUUGAACUAUAAAAUGUUUGCAUUGUUUCACACACUUUUGCAUGAAAAGGGACUUAAACAAUUAAUCAAUUAUCAAAAUAGUUUUUGAUUAAUUUCCUGUCGAUCUACUACUAUAAUCAUUGCACCUCCACAGCUCAUGAAGCAGUGCAGAUCAUUUUUUGCAGCAUUGCUUCUUAAACCAGAAUCAGUCUCAGCUUGAUUCUGUCAAAUCUGCACCCUUAUUAUUAUGAUGAUGAUGAUGAUGAUGAUGAUGAUGAUAAUGACUCUGCAUAGGAAGCUUUUUAUAAAGAUUCUCAGUUUUCCUGAAAUAUCCUUCAGUAAAUGUGUCUUUUCUGUGGAGCUACAGAAGCUGUGUCCCAGUUCAGUUCCUUCAUCGUAAGCCGCUAAGGCCGAACCAAAAUGAGACAGUCUGGUCUACAGAGGAUUUUUGCUUUGCUUACCUUACAGUUUUGUUGCAAAGUACAGCUCCUGUCACCCAAGCAUCAACCUCCGGGGCGGAAAAAUGAAGUCAACAUUUAACAACUAAAUGCCGCAGUUCCUCUAAUGGCCACUAGAGUCUGGUUCCAACAGUGAGUCAGUCCCCAUAGACUCCCAUGUUAAAAUGUCCAACUUUACAGCAGAAAUAAACAUGUUUACAGCCUGGUACAAAAACAGUUUUGGUCUCUAGAGCUAAUUUCCUCCUUCGUCACACCUGUUUAUAUAACUCACCUGUUUACAUUUUAUUAGGGCUUAAAGUUAUGUAGAAUUGAGGGCUGGACCUCUUUGAGUGACAGGUGGGUGAGCUUAUGCUUGUCUCAAACUGGCCCCACACACACCCCACCUCUUUGCCCAUAUUUGCCUUAGCCAGGAGUUAGGGGUGGAGUCAGACAAGAUGGCGUCAGUUGAGCAGCUCACUCCGAGCUUCAAAACUGCUCUUCAGAAACCUGUGGGUGACGUGACAGAGGCUACGUCCAUCUUUAUUUACCGUCUAUGCUGUCCCCUAGCAACCUUGACAACAAGUAACUUUUUUUUCAAAAAAAACUUGAGGUUUUAAGGUCCAGCGCGCAAUGAAUCUUGGGAUAGGUUGGGCCAUGAAGGAUCCACCUGUUAGAUCUCAGGAAAAGGAGGACACAUUUGGAGGAGCCUUUGAAAUGGGACAACCUAGUCGCGCCGCUGUGACGCGUUCAGUCUUCAAAUGCAACCUCGGAAGUACGCGGCCCCUGAAUUGGGACACAGCUAGACACUCUGUAGAUCCGUCUGUGCCUUGUGGAUUGUUAAGGGACAGCACUGUCCAUACAGGACAUGUUAAAGCCAUUGUCAUUAACACUGCACUACUACCAGCCUCAACCAAGGAAUGUUAAAAGUCUUCACCCACAAUGAAAGUAAAUACAGUAAACCUCAGGAAAAGACACUGUGAAAUAAAGGUAGAUGAGUCCAAAUAAACCAAAUAACACCCGAUUACUCAAGUGGAGAUGCUUUUCUAACCCUUGUGCUACUUUUGCCUCUUUUACGUAGAUUGUUAAAUGAAAAUUGAAACACAAACUUUGAAUGUGUACUAAAUCAAGAAAAAGCGAACAAGCACUUUGUUGCUCACACCAGCAGUUAUUUGAUGUUUUUGAUAAUGCAGAAUUUCUCCUGUUUGUCCUUGAAUCAACUUAAUGUUUGUGUGUCUUCGCUGCUGCCAUGUGUUUCCUGGCUUCUGUACAGUCUGUGGUCUGUUUGGGGAUUUCUUAUUUACUUCCAUAUUGUGCUACAUUUUGCUGGAAGUUUGAUGUUUUGGUUUUGGGACUGGGAAAUAAAAGUUUUUUUUUUUUUAAUCAAUUGAA